CGAAGCGUACGGACGUAAUAAAAAUUAGUGACGAGAGUUUUGUUAGUGUUUUUGCGAUGUCUUUCGAACGUUUCCAUAAUCAGUCGUACGACGCGGCUCCAAUGUCCAGGACUAUGCAGUACCGGAAAGUGAUGAAGCCGCUACUCGAACGUAAACGACGGGCACGUAUCAACCGCUGCCUUGAAGAGUUGAAAGAGUUGAUGAUCGCGGCGUUAGUGACGGAAGGUGAAAACGCGGCCAAAUUAGAAAAGGCUGAUAUAUUGGAACUGACCGUCAGCCACCUUCAUAAGCUUCGCAAGCAACAGUUGAGCACCCCGGUGGCAGAAGCCGACAGGUUCAGGGCGGGAUAUACGACUUGCGCUCGAGAGGUAUCGAAAACUUUAGCUUCGACUCCUGACGUCGACAUUCGUUUGGGGAAAAAACUGAUGACCCAUCUGGGUCAACGUCUGAACGAAAUGAACAACACCACCGCCGCUCCUUUGGUGAUCUCCGUGGGAUCUGGCUACGGAAGCGAUCGAAAUUUUACGAUGCCGCUAAGUCCACCUUCGUCCAGGGGUUCGCCGUCUCCUAUAAGUGACAACGAGAGCGAAUCCAGCAGCUCUUCGAGUAUUUGGCGGCCGUGGUGACUUUGCGCUUUGUCCCGUUGUAUAUAUUGUUUUAUCUUGCUCAACAGCCUCGAAGCUUUAACUAUACAAGCUAAUACUUGAUAUUUCUGUGAUAUUCAGCAAAUUGCGAAAUUAAGUUCGUUGAAAGUGAUAUAGUAAUAAGUAAUCGAUUUUCAAUAA